UAAACUGUGAUGAACUCUCAAUCGUUCUGAAAAACAGAGUCAUCAUGUGGAUAAUAUUUCCAUGUCUCAUAAUCCUCUCCAAUAUCAUAUUAAAUUCUCCAGCAAGUGCAACCGAUUGUCCAGCGAUAGUUGCUCGAGCGCAGUGGCAAGCGAGACCAUCACGUGAUGAUAACUUUCUUAUCACACCAAUUCCUUAUGUUUUCAUCCAUCACACUGUUACACCAGGCUGCCAGACAUUCGUCGCGUGCACGGAACGACUUCGCAAUAUUCAGGACUAUCAUAUGGACGACUUAAAUUGGCACGACAUCGGUUUUUCAUUCUUCAUCGGAGGAGAUGGAAAUGUUUACGAAGGCGCCGGCUGGAAUAAAGAAGGGGCGCAUACAUAUGGAUACAAUAAAAAGUCGCUUGGAAUUGCAUUUAUUGGAUCUUAUCAACGGGAGAAUGCAACUCAGCAAAUGGUGGAUGCAGCCCACAAAUUGAUCGCCUGUGGCAAGGAAAAGUCAAUGCUGAGACCAGAUGUCAAGGUACUGGGGGCCAGUCAAGUUACGAGUACUGUGAGCCCUGGGAGGAAGUUGUAUCAGCAGAUUCAAGGGUGGCCCGAAUGGUCCUCAUAA